AUGACACAACCCAGACAGAGCGACCCAAUAAGACAACCCAUACAGUGCAACCCAAUGACACAACCCAGACAGAGCGACCCAAUAAGACAACCCAUACAGCGCAACCCAAUGACACAACCCAGACAGAGCGACCCAAUAAGACAACCCAUACAGUGCAACCCAAUUACACAACCCAGACAGAGCGACCCAAUAAGACAACCCAUACAGUGCAACCCAAUGACACAACCCAGACAGAGCGACCCAAUAAGACAACCCAUACAGUGCAACCCAAUGACACAACCCAGACAGAGCGACCCAAUAAGACAACCCAUACAGUGCAACCCAAUGACACAACCCAGACAGAGCGACCCAAUAAGACAACCCAUACAGUGCAACCCAAUGAUACUACCCAUACACUGCAACCCAAUCAGACAACCCAUACGACAGUGCGAUCCAAUGACGCAUCCCAUACGGUGCGACCCAAUGACGCAACCAAUGCGGUGCGACCCAAUGACGCAGCCCUUACGGUGCGACCAAAUGACGAAACCCAUACCAAAUGACACAACCCAUACGGUGCGACCAAUUGACGCAACCCAUACGGUGCGACCCAAUGACUCAACCCAUACGGUGCGACCCAAUGGCGCAAUCCAGACGGUGCGACCCAAUACGGUGCGGCCCAAUGACGCAACCCAGGCGGUGCGACCCAAUACCUCAACCCAGACGGUGCGACCCAAUGACGCAACCCAUACGGAUCGACCUAAUAAGGCAAUCCAUACGGUGUGUCCCAAUGACGCAACCCAUACGGUGCGACCCAGUGACGCAACCCAUACGGUGCGAUCCAAUCAGGCAACCCAUACGGUGCGACCCAGUGACGCAACCCAUACGGUGCGAUCCAUCAGGCAAUCCAUACGGUGCGUCCAAAUGACGCAACCCAUACGGUGCGACCCAAUGCCGUUAUUCCUCCAGUUGUAG